CGUCACAAUCAGCUGUUGAUAACAAUCACAACAAAAAUACGCACAAAUUCAGUUCGCGUUCCGCAGUGUUUAUCACCAGAAAAAAUCGCGCGUAGUUUGUGUCUGGGCAAAAAAUCCGUCGAAAUUCAAAUCAAUGAACGAGGAACGGACGAGUUCGAUUCGCAUCUGCCAGGAUGGGCACGCAAAUGCCCUCGCGUUGAACCGGGAAAGCACGCAGAUUGCCGUGGCCGGUCGCAGUUUGCUGAAAGUGUUCUCCAUCGAAAAUGAUGGCUUCACGGAGGUUUGCAAUAUGCGCGGGGGGAAGAAUCAAAAUCUCAGCUACUCGUCCAACGAUGUGGCGUGGAGUUCGCUCGAUUCGAACAUCUUGGCCACGGCGGCCACCAACGGAGUGGUCUCGGUGUGGGAUCUCUCCAAGUUUGGCCGUCAAAAGCAGCUCCUGGUGUACAACGAGCACGAAAGAACGGCCCACUCGGUGGCCUUUCAUGGCACGGAAUCCAAUCUGCUGAUAUCCGGCUCGCAGGACGGCACCAUCAAGUGUUUCGAUUUGCGAAGUGACCGGACGGCGAUCAAUACCUAUUUCAGCAACUCGGAGAGUGUCAGAGACGUGAAAUUUAGCCCACAUGCACCGAAUACGUUUGCAGCGGUGUCCGAGAAUGGAACAGUACAACUCUGGGACAUUCGCAAGAACGAUCGCUGCACAUCGCAAUUCACAGCCCAUAGUGGACCUAUCUAUACCUGCGACUGGCAUCCGCAACAACAGUGGCUGGCCACUGGAAGCAGAGACAAACAGAUUAAGAUUUGGAACACCAAUCCGAAAAAUUCGUCAUUAGAAAAUCCAAAGAACGUCUCACUGGAAUACAGCAUACACACGAUUGCCGUGGUGGGCCGUGUUCGCUGGCGGCCGGAUAAAAUGUACCACAUUUCUAGCUGUGCCCUCGUUGUAGACUACAGCAUUUACAUCUGGGACGUUCGAAGACCAUUCAUCCCGUAUGCCUCAUUCAAUGAGCAUUCUAAUGUCACAACCGGAAUAGCCUUUAAGGGAAACGAUUCGCACAUUUUACUAUCCACCAGCAAGGAUUCUACAAUAUUCAAGCACGUGUUCAAGGAUGCAUCACGACCGGCCAUCAAAGCCAAUCCACAGGGAGCAUGUUUCAACUUCAAGGGAGAUCUCCUGUAUGCAUAUAAAAUCAAGCUAGUUGGGCCGCCAACACCGCCACCGGUCCAGAAAACUAGUCUCCUUGGAAGUAGACAGAAGACACCACCUUCGACAGACCAAUUCCAUUUGGCCAAAUCAAGUCUUUACCAUUUCCUAACGAAGGUCCAUUCUCCUAGUGCCAAAGACGUCACUAAGACAUCGCUAUUGAAAGAUUUUCACGCUCUCAAAGGUUGUGCUAAAGAGUACAUACUCACUGGGGGAUCUUUAGCAGAAAUCUGCGCACAUAACGCAUCCAUUGCGAAAAAAUACGGAAAAACUAAUGUCAGCUUCCUGUGGAAUUUCAUCAGUCAAUUGUACGCCUACACUUCAGUAGCAAAUCUGAAACUAGAACAACGCAAUUCAAACGCAAGUCAAGGUCAAUCGAACCGAUUGAUGGCACAAAAUUCAAAUCAAUCGAGCUCGGGCAGACCUGGUGACGACAAAACGGGAAGUAAUCCUAAUCUGGGCAGUGCCGGUCCAGUUGCGAAUGCCACCGACGACUUUCUAGAGUUCCUCAACCCUAAAAGCGAUUUGACUACUUUGCUAUCAGGGAAAGGUCAGUUGCUAUCAGUCGACAUUGAACCCAACUGUUGCGAUUUUGUGUUCGGCGAGACGGAACUCACCUUCGACAACGUCAAUUGCAUCAAAGGCUUCCGAGAUGGAUUCCUGUAUACCGGACCGCACGAUCUGAUCAAAGACUAUACUUUUCCAUCAUCUAAUGUGAUGAACGCACAUGAGCUGCACCAUGCUCGACCCAGAAAAGAGCUUCACGCGGAUAGCGCUCAAGAAAGUUCCCCACCGCCAAACAUGCCUUCUUUCUUGAAAAUAUCGGACUGUAACCCAAUAAAUCCUCCUCUUUGGGAACCGCACCAGGUUCUAGCAGAUUGCUUAACGUUACAGACAGAAAUUGGAGAUGUGCAAACGGCAACGUGCAUAUUGAUUGCCCUAGGAGAACGUCGUCACAGCCUCCAGAUCGACGAAUCCAUACACGAAAACUGGUUGCUGUCCUACGUGGAACUUUUGCAUCGCCAUCAGCUGUGGAACGAAGCAACGCAGAUUAUCAACCUGAGCUGGAUUCGUACUGUAUCGGAAAUGAAUCAGCAGUCGACCACGAUGCACACCAACUGUGGCGACUGUGGACGGCCGUUGCUGAAUGCCGUUGGGUGGUACUGUGGCAAGUGUCGAUCGGUGCAGAGUUCGAAAUGCAGCGUGUGCAAUGGAGUUGUCCGUGGAUUGUACGCGUGGUGUCAGGGUUGCUCCCACGGAGGUCACUUGCAACAUCUGAAGCAUUGGUUCUCUAAUAAUCCCAAGUGCCCGAAAUGCGGUCAUCUGUGUGAAUAUGAGUAAGACUUUCCCCGAUUUCACGCUUCUCGCCCUCACCGACACGUCCAGCGCUUCCACCGGUCGUGCACUCUCCUCCAC